AUGUUGGCAGCCCUUGUGCCACAGGAGGUGUUUGCUGGGCUGGGGCUUGUCGUGUGCCCAGUGGACACCCCCAGCUUUGUGCUCACCCCCAUCCUUCUCCCCCAGAGCAAGCUCCACAUGGAGGGUUUCCGCAGCCUGAAGGAGGGCGAGGCUGUCGAGUUCACCUUCAAGAAGUCAUCCAAAGGUUUGGAGUCCAUCCGGGUGACCGGCCCGGGGGGCGUCUUCUGCAUCGGCAGCGAGAGGAGGCCCAAGGGCAAGAGCCUCCAGAAACGCAGAUCCAAAGGAGACCGAUGCUACAACUGCGGCGGGCUGGACCACCACGCCAAGGAGUGCAAGCUCCCACCACAGCCCAAGAAGUGCCACUUCUGCCAGAGCAUCAGCCACAUGGUCGCCAACUGCCCCGCGAAAGCACAGCAGUCCCCCAGCUCCCAGGGGAAACCUGCCUACUUCCGAGAGGAGGAGGACAUGCACAGCUCGGCCCUCCUCCCCGAGACCCGGGAAUGA